GGAUUUUUAUCAUUCAGUCGUUGCCGUCAAUGAAUCAUGCCUUAGAGCUGGCCUAAAGCUCUUCAAAAGUACAGCAUGAUGGGACAUCCAAAGUUUCAGGUCAUCGGAGGCGACCUAAUCGGCGCACGAAGACCACCAUUGCUUCUGCUGAACAGCAAUUUCUACAAGGUAGUGGCUGCAGUGUGGCAGCUGUUGAAUCUGUUAGUAAGACGCUAGAAAAACGACGGGGCCUCCCUCCUUUCAAACGAAUAGGCAGGCAAAAAUGUACCGGCAACUCUGUACGUCCCAGCUUCUAUCCAGCUUUGCGUUCUUUGAAUUCCAUCCAGCACGGACUGUUGCACAGGCUGUUCAUCGUGGGUUUAUGCUACGCGAGAUGCUCGCUAAGCUGAAGACGAGCCGCUCUAUUCUCCCUCCACGGUGUUACCAUUUCUACAUUGGAGAAAACAAGUUGAAACAGACGUGAAUUCACUCGUAUUUGACGUCAGUCGAACAGCUACAAAGACACACAUGGCCAUCCGUAGGUUGCUACUCUAUUUACUAUCUCCCUUCGAUGCGAUUUACACAGGGUUUAAACGAGCAUGCUGAACCGGCAGCGCGAGACGACCUUGUCGCAUGUUAAUGAGCGUUUUCGAACACAAACAGCAAACUGCAACCGAGGAGGAUUAUGGCCCAGCGAUGCCUGACGCGGAGCAGGCCACAACGCGGGUAACAAGGAGUCCGGGGCGAGGAGAGACGUGCGCUACUGCUGAGCAGGUUAGAUUUCCGCUCGGGAAUGAUCUAACUCUGACGCAGAGCCUGGGUUCGAAUGGCGAUGUGAACGGCUGGAGCUUGCUUGCGCUGUUUCAAACAUGGUUGAUGUGAUAAAAGGGACGCCCAAUCAACAGGGAACUGCCAAUCCAAAGCCAGCACAACGCAGUCCGUUGCCGCAAGGCCGCCUUGCAACGCUCAGUGGCUGGAGCACUUGGGGAUGAUUUCGAGCUGGCAGCCAAUGCUCCCGUCAAACAUUCACGAGCGCGAGAAACGAUGAUUGUCCAGGGUUGCAAUUGGCAUCUGACGCCCCUCCACUCUAAUGCCGUGUUUCCACUUUGUCAACAGGGAAAACUCCUGUCGGGCCAGUCGAAAGUUCCAAGUCCAGUGUAGAACCAUACAAAAUGGAUGCCGGGUUCUGGGCUGCCUCGUAACUCAACACCAUGCUCGCACUUUCACGGGUAUGCGAUGCCUAUCCUUUUUCUUUCUGCUCUGAAGCACUUGUAAUACGUGUGCCGGAAGGCAUUCAUUCUCACGAAAGAGCCGAAGGGAAGACUCUCUACUCUUAAUUCCUUCUUUCACCGCAAUCGGGCAGCAGGAUGGCCCAAAUCACGCCUGGAGCUCGAUUGGAUGGCGGCAAUGUCCUGCGUCGGGAUUUCGUUUCUCUCUUGGGAGCUGGUCAAUCCUUCUUCAGCUCUUUGUUCUCUCCGGCAAUCGCCACCAAGGCUCAUGGCGAUCCUGCUGAUUCAAAUACGACGCCGGCGCCGGCGCCAGCGUCGAUACCGACACCAGCGGGGAACGCACCAACGGUUGUUUCGCAGACUGAACCAGCCGUGCAAACAACACAGCAAACCGAUCAAACUGCAGCUCCAACAACACAGGCGACAGAAGCCACUUCGAUGCCUGACGAGACACCUACAAUAACGGACGUUGCGUCAACUCCUGUCACUUUGGUGACUGCGACUUCUUCAACUCGAGAUGCAAGCAGUGCUGAACUUGGAAAUACUCAACUUGUUUCCAGCACGCCUGUUCUGGAGAAUACGUCGCCAACAUCGACUGUCUUAUCUCCGAUUUCGACUUCCUCUCCAAAUGUUGCGUCUACUACUGUCUCCCACAAACAUCCGUCAAAUGCGGGGCUCAUAGCCGCCGUUACGACAGUUGUACUUCUCCUUUUGAUCUCUAUCGCGGCAUUGGCGUACUUCUACGUCAGAAGACGUCGAAGGAGAAAGGCGGCGUUGGAGCAUGUAGAAAGCAAAACAAUCGAUCGACGGGCCUCGUCAACGACCAUCUCCUCGGUGGACCAGGCGGAGUCUUCCAUAGAGAGAGCAGAAGCCGUCUCGCUACCCCUGUAUACGCCCUCAAAAGCCAAUCUGGUCAUCCCUCCUGCGCGGGCGCGACUUCGAGAGCUGGGGUUCAUCCGGCCGGACAGCGUCGUCUCGCGCGAUUCGCGAACGUCACGCGCGGCUUCGUGGCGUGACAGCUCCCCUCAACCGCGAUACGGCCCUCUUCAGUCCCCAGCCCCAGAUUCGGCUUGUCGCCACGGCUCCAAGGUCGGGGCCGAGCUCGAGCAGUUUAACAGCCUUGUGUUGCCGCCGUCUCUCGUCGCAGGGCAAAGACCAGCUUCGGGAGCAGCGGCUCCAAAUCGGUCAAGCGUGUACGAGUUGUGGUUCCAGCCUCUGAACCGGCCGCGGCCUCCCUCCGACCCAGGUCCAACGCAGGGCGCUGGAGUGUCCCGUAGUCCAGCGUUGAAGACGCCUGUUGAGGAUGGCAGGUGGCUCACGAGGAAGCCUGUGCCCGCGCAGCUGGAUCCAGCGACUGAUGCAUAGUUGGACACUGGCAUUUUUGCAGCCCAAGUUCCCUUUCGACUUCUAAAGUGGCAAAAACUACUAUUGCAAAGCGACAGGAAGGACGCUCAGGCUGUCUUUUACGGGUGCUUUGCCUAGAUAAUGUAAACGUACUAAGAGAAGAAUGCAAAGUGCUGGACCCGAUGCCACUAC